AUGAACUUCAAUUUCUUUAUUGCACUGCUUGCCACCCUUGUUGGGCUUGCCAGCGCUCAAUGGGGAGGUUAUGGUGGAGGAUAUGGAGGAGGAUACGGAGGAUAUGGACGACCAUGGGGACCACGACCAUGGGGACCAAGACCAUGGGGACCACGACCAACUGUUAUUGAGAAGACUGUCAUCAUCAGGCAAGGACCAUGGGCCCAUAAGGUCUAG